CCAUACUUCAUGGAAGCACUUUUCACUGCAAAUAGCCCUUAAAAUUCCCACAUUCCAUCUCGCGACUCAUUCUCGCUUCGUCUUCCUCACGUGUGAAGAAGAGCUAGGGUUAGAAGAAUGCCUGCAGCAGGAGGGAUAGUCUCCGGUGGCAGCGACAGGGAGUACCCGGGGAAGCUCACCGGGAACGUGCUGGUGACAUGCGUCGUCGGCGCAAUGGGCGGCCUCAUCUUUGGCUACGACAUCGGCAUCUCCGGCGGGGUUACGUCGAUGCCCUCAUUCCUGAGGAGGUUCUUCCCGUCGGUAUACGAGAAGCAGCAAGGGGAUAAGAUUACGAACCAGUACUGCCAGUACAACAGCGAGACGUUGACCCUGUUCACCUCGUCGCUCUACCUGGCGGCUCUCCUGUCGUCGCUGGUCGCUUCAACCGUGACGAGGAGGUGGGGGAGGAAGCGGUCCAUGCUCUUUGGCGGGAUCCUCUUCUGCGCCGGCGCUCUCCUCAACGGGUUCGCCGAGCAUGUUUGGAUGCUCAUCGUCGGGCGCAUCUUCCUCGGUUUUGGUAUUGGAUUCGCCAAUCAGUCUGUGCCACUCUUCCUCUCUGAGAUGGCCCCUUACAAAUACAGAGGAGCUCUCAACAUUGGGUUCCAGUUAUCCAUCACGGUUGGAAUCCUGGUGGCCAAUGUCCUCAACUACUUUUUUGCGAAGAUCGAGGGCGGUUGGGGGUGGCGGCUGAGCCUCGGCGGCGCCGUGGUCCCUGCCCUCAUCGUCACCGUGGGGUCCCUCAUCCUCCCCGAUACCCCGAACUCGAUGAUCGAGCGGGGCGAGCGCGAAGCAGCCAAGGUGGAGCUGCAGCGGAUCCGCGGCGUCGAGAACGUCGACAAUGAGUUCGAGGACUUGGUGGCGGCGAGUGAGGAAUCGAAGCGAGUGGAGCACCCUUGGCUGAACCUCUUGCAGAGGAAGUACAGGCCUCACCUCACCAUGGCAAUAUUGAUUCCCCUCUUCCAGCAGCUCACUGGGAUCAAUGUGAUCAUGUUCUAUGCCCCGGUCUUGUUCAACACCCUGGGGUUCGAGAACGACGCAUCCCUCAUGUCCGCCGUGAUCACGGGGCUCGUCAACGUCGGCGCCACUUGGGUCUCGAUCUUUGCCGUUGAUAAAGCGGGCAGGAGAGUCCUUUUCCUAGAGGGUGGAACUCAAAUGCUGAUCUGCCAGAUUGUUGUUGCUUCGGCAAUUGGUGCGAAAUUUGGAGUGGAUGGGAAUCCGGGCGAGUUGCCCAAGUGGUACGCGGGCAUCGUGGUGGCCUUCAUCUGCACCUACGUCGCUGGGUUUGCGUGGUCAUGGGGGCCGCUCGGGUGGCUCGUGCCGAGUGAGAUCUUUCCCUUGGAGAUCCGGUCGGCCGCCCAGAGCAUAAACGUCUCGGUCAACAUGUUCUUCACGUUCGUGGUGGCUCAGGUCUUCCUCAACAUGCUCUGCCACAUGAAGUUCGGGUUGUUCUUGUUCUUCGCCUUCUUCGUGAUCGUCAUGUCCAUAUACAUCUACAUCUUCUUGCCCGAGACGAAGGGCAUUCCAAUCGAAGAGAUGAGCAUGGUGUGGAAGAAGCACUGGUACUGGUCUAGAUUCGUUGGCGAUGACGACAUUCUUAAAGGAGGGAUCGAGAUGGGCCGCGACAGACCGACCCCGAAGCUUGUGUGAAUGAAGAAUUAUGUGAGCUUUUGGACAUUUUCGUUGUUUCUAGUUGGUCGUGGUGCAAAUAAUCGUAAUUGUUCUAGUUGUCUUGAUGAUGCACUCAGUUAUUAUAUUUACUUUCGUGGACUGUCAGUUUCUGAUAUUUUCUGAAUAAAUCCUUGUACAGGAGGAAAAGGAAAUGUGUUAUGUGAUUGUGAAGUAGAGAUGUGACGCUACUUAUUGGGUGAUAUUUUGUGUGCAUUGGAUGAAAGUGUGGUUUAAUGUUUAA